AUGGCCAAACGCCUGAUCCCUCUUUUGGAUCGCGUGCUCGUCGAGAAGAUCAUUCCGCCCAGCAAGUCCCUCGGCGGGGUUCUCCUGCCCGAGUCGGCCACCGCGUCGCAGCUGAACACGGGCAAGGUGGUGGCGGUGGGCGCGGGGGGGCGCACUCGGGACGGCACGGUGAUCCCGACGGCGGUGAAGGAGGGCGACACGGUGCUGCUGCCGGAGUACGGCGGCAGUCAGAUCAAGCUCGACGACAAGGAGUACGUGCUAUUCCGGGACGAUGACAUCCUGGGACCCGGCCCCUCCCACUGUCACGCCCUCCCCCUGCCCGUCGCACCCUCCCCCCUGACCGUCGCGCCCUCCCCCUGCCCGUCGCGCCCUCCCCCUGCCCGUCGCGCCCUCCCCCUCCCCGUCGCGUCGCCACCCCUCCCCUUCCCCUCCCCGUCGCGUCGCCUCCCCUCCUCCUGCCCGUCGCGUUCGCCUCCCCUCCUCCUGCCCGUCGCGUCGCCUCCCUUCCCCCUGCCCGUCGCGUCGCCUCCCUUCCCCCUGCCCGUCGCGUCGCCUCCCCUUCCCCUCCCCGUCGCGUCGCCUCCCCUCCUCCUGCCCGUCGCGUCGCCUCCCCUCCUCCUGCCCGUCGCGUUCGCCUCCCCUUCCCCUGCCCGUCGCGUCGCCUCCCUUCCCCCUGCCCGUCGCGUCGCCCUCCCCUCCCAAUCCCGUCGCCCUCCCUUGCCCGUCGCGUCAACCUCCCCUCCCCGCCCAUUUCCCACCGUCAGAUCCUCCUCCCGCCCAUUUUCACCGUCGCAUUCGGCCUCCCCGCCCCUCUCUCACUGUUCAUCACCUUAG